AUGCAAAAGUUGAAAAAAAUACGUGGUAGCGUGGUUGGAAAGUUCCCGACCAGAACCAGACCCGAGCGUACGGCGCGUAGCGUUCCGCGCGCGCCUCAAAAAGCCAAUGGACCUCCACAACAGACGGGGCCCUAUAGGGCUGAUGUUAAGCCGGGGUGCGCAAUGAGUCACCGCGGCCUCGGCCCAGAGCAGGAGAAGGAACGGAGGCUUUUACCGGUAAGUGUCCAGUACCGAGCACAAGACUCUUCUUACAAAGAGAAGGUGGAAUGGCGAUUUCAAACUUAUAAUCAAAAUUAUAAGUCCAGGUUCCUCGCAAUAGCGAAGCGCGUGAGGGAACUAUCCUCCUCACCUCAUGGCCCCAGCCGCCACAGUAGGCGACAUUCCAAGCGUCGAGGAUCGAAAGAUGAUCUCCGGCCACCGGAACGCGGGUCUGAGGACGGCUAG